AUGCUGCGCUUCCGUCAGUACUUCAAAAUGGCCGAAACAGCUUCAAAGAAGAUCAAGACCUCGUCUCCCUUGAUUGGGACGCACAAUGGGCAUUUCCAUGCCGAUGAGGCGUUGGCCGUCUAUCUCCUCCGACUCCUCCCUAAUUAUGCCUCCUCCCCACUAGUCCGGACUCGGGACCCGGCCAAGCUGGAGACAUGCCAUACUGUGGUCGAUGUCGGUGGGGUAUACGACGCCGCCAUCAACCGGUAUGAUCACCACCAGCGGACUUUCUCGACAACUUUCCCGCAGCGCCUCACCAAGCUUUCAUCCGCGGGGCUGGUGUACAUGCAUUUUGGCCGAGCCAUUAUCGCCCAGCACAUGUCGUUGCCGGAGGACCAUGCCGACGUCAACCUGCUGUACGAGAAGCUCUACACCGAUUUUAUUGAGGCCAUUGAUGCCAAUGACAACGGCAUUUCUGCCUAUGACCCCGCGGCGGUGGCCGCCGCCAACCUGGAGAAGCGGUUCAAGGACGGGGGCAUCACCCUCGCCUCCUUGGUGGGAGACAUGAACAACCCAGACCCGACGAGCCCGCCGGGCGAGCCACAAGACGAGGAUAGUCUGUUUGGCCGGGCAAGCACACUCAUCGGCAAUGCAUUCACUCGGAAGAUGCAUCAUGCCAGCACCUCAUGGCUGCCGGCCCGCACCACUGUCGGCUCCGCGUACCGCACGCGCACCGAGGUUCACCCGUCGGGCCGCAUCAUUGUGCUGCCGCAGGGUGGUGUUCCCUGGAAGGAACAUCUGUACAACUUUGAGGCGGAGGCAUCGGGCGACAAGGGGACCGACCCGGCGGCACAGGUAUUCUACGUGCUUUACCCCGAGAAUGCGAUGGAGGGUGCCAAGUGGCGCGUACAAUGUGUCUCGGUGGCCGAGAGCAGCUUUGAAUCUCGAAAGCCCCUCCCGGAGGCCUGGCGCGGUGUCCGUGAUGAGGAUCUGGACGGGGUCAUGGCCGCUGAGGCUGAAAAAUCCGGACAGCCCAAGACCCCCGAAGGCGCGGUCUUUGUCCACGCUAGCGGAUUCAUCGGUGGUCACAAGACAAGGGAGGGCGCGAUGGCUAUGGCUGUGCGAAGCCUCGAACAGUAA